GAAAUGUCAAAUUUUCUCAUCCCCGCACCGCACAGUCCGCACCCCACUGAGUUUCCCGUGUUGAAAUCGAAACGAAACAAAUGAAAAUUUGAAUGAACUCAUGUAUGGAAAUAAAAUUAAGCCAGCCAUGCGUUAAUAAAAUAAAAUGCUUAAUUAAUAAUAAUAUUUAAUCGUGAUAUUGUUCUAAAUAUAUAGUUGGCAGCAUGUUCAAAAGUCGCGGAGAUAUUGUUUAUAAAUGUACAGUGAGGCUUUUAGAAGAUACAGAGAUAUUAGAAUGUGAAUUUCACCCAAGUUACAAGGGCAAAUUCUUGUUGGAGCAUGUAUGUCAACAGUUAAAUCUCACUGAGACUGAUUAUUUCGGACUGCGAUAUGUGGACGCUGGUGGUCAAAGGCAUUGGCUGCAUAUGGCAAAAUUAAUAUUGAAACAAGUUAAAGAUGCCUCGCCAAUUCUAUUUAGUUUCCGAGUGAAGUUCUACCCGCCAAAUCCUCUACUGCUAAAAGAAGAUGUGACUAGGUUCCAGAUAUAUUUGCAGCUGAAAAGAGACUUGCUACAUGGCAGGUUAUACUGCACGGCUAACGAGGCAGCUAUGUUGGGAGCACUAAUUAUACAAAUCGAGCUAGGCGACUACGAUCCUAACAUCCACGUGGGCAACUAUGUUACGGAGAUGAGGCUGCUACUCAGACAAACGGAUACCAUUGAAGCUAGGAUACAGGAGUUACAUAGAGAACCAGUAGAAGGUACUCCGGGCGGCAGCGGCGGCGUCAAGGGCAUGUCGACGCAGGAGGCGGAGCGCACGUUCGUGAAGAUCGCCUGCCAACUCGACACGUACGGCGUCGAUCCCCAUCCUGUCAAGGUUUGGGACCACAGAGGUAACCAGCUGUACCUGGGCAUCAACCACAGCGGGAUCCUGACGUUCCAGGGCAGUCGGAAGACGCACCACUUCAAGUGGUCCGAGGUGCACAAGAUUAACUUCGAGGGACGCAUGUUUAUUGUACAUCUUAAUUACCCAGAGAAGAAGCAUACAGUGGGUUUCAAAUGUCCGAACGGUCCCGCCUGCCGCCACGUGUGGUGCUGUGCCAUCGAACAAAUGCUGUUUUUUACGUUACCGUCAUCAUCGGACGCGUGUGUCUACUCCGGCGGUGGCCUGUUCUCGUGGGGCACCAAGUUCAAGUACGUCGGACGCACCGAGAGGGAAAUACUCGAGAGGGACGGACUACUCGCGCCUAGGGAUACUCAGAAGGAGGGUUCUAGUACAGGCGGUAAGAGGAAAGCGUCGAGUGUGCCCGCUACCCCGUCCACACCGAUGACGGGAGACUUCGGUAUUUAUCGUUACAGUAGUCUCCCGCGGUCGACACACAGCGCUCCGCUAGAGGAGAGUGGGGCCGACGAGACAUGUAACGGAGCCUGUCUACUCAGUGGGCCUGCUGUGGACAUCGCACUAGCUUGCACCGACCAUCUACGGACUGUCCAGGAGGAGGUCAAACCACCUGCGAUUCCUUCAGAGUACAGUUUGCGCGACUCAUUCGAGCACUCAUCGUCGGAGUCAGGAGUGACGUCAGGGGGUUUGGUGCCGGGAGGGAGCGCGGAGCCGGGCUGGCGGGCGGGCGGGGGCGCGGGGUGGCGCGCGCUGAGCGCGGUGCGGGCGUUCGCGGCGUGCUUCCUGGUCGUGUGGCUGGCGCUGGCGCUGCUGGCGCUGCUGCUGUUCGAGACGGAGCUGGCGGGGCUGCACGGCCUGCGCCGCGCGCCCGAGCUCGUGGCGCUGCGCCGCCACUACUACACGCCACUCAAGCACUACUUCAAGCGCAAGGUCGUCGACCUCUUCUGAUUCUCACUCCACCCUCCACUACACGAGUGUCAAAUUUUACAGCCACGUUACUUUAUAGGGGUAGGGUCGGUCCCCCACACGUACUCAGCUUCAGCCAAAUAAUCUGUAAAUACAUUUCAAACUUUCUGAACAUUUUCACGAAAUUCUUAUUUAUUUAUUUUUAUCUACAAAUCUAAUCUGUCCAUAGUUAUUUAUGUUGAUGUAUGUGUGUGGGGGACGAGUCAACGAGUCUUAUUUGUACAAAAUGUCUGCGUACCUAGACGUAAGUCACCGCUAUACGCUUUCUUAUAGUACAAUUACUUUGUAAGCUAUCACUAGUUUCUCGCACGGCACAAGGAUUUGUGAGGAUUUCUACGUUCCUAAUUAUUUUUCAUACACGGGCCUACUGCUUCGAUCGGCCUUACAAACAUACUCAGGCGGACGACACGACGUCCACACUCAAGUGAUUAGAUCUGUUACUAUACAUUUAUAAAACUCUGCUUACAAUCUGCGAUAAAUGAAUCUCAUAAUUUUAUACAACAAUAUUCACGUACAUUCCACGUAAUAAUUUAGUCUUCCAAAAGUAUUGUUUGUAGUGAUUCGAAUAAUUAUUUUUAUAUUACCUAUUUAAUUAAUGUUUAAGUAUUCGCGCACAAAUUUUAUUUUUUUAGAUGUGCCAUAAUGUUAUAUUUUUAAACCUAGUCAUAAAAGAACUGGUUCUAUACUUUUUGCACAAUUAUUGAUAAGUUAUGUUGUGUACAUGUUUUGUUGGGGACACAUUGGUUAUUUAUUGAUUACGACACGAUUCAAUGUUGUUAUUGCCUUACUAGAGUGAGUGUGUUACUGCCGUACUCAGUGCCAUUUAAUGCUUACUUAAACUAUUUCUUAGUAACGAUUUUGUAUCGAAAAACAAUUGCUAAGGACUGGGUUAAAUAACCAUUGAAUGACUCUGAGUACGGUGGUUAGAGUAAGUACUUAAUUAGACGCUUAAUUUUGCCUAGUCACUAUGUAUGUAAAUGAUUCUCGGACGUUAAUAUUAUUAGCACUAGUUCUUAAGCAACACGACAAUUGUAAAUCAAAGCGAUUUGAUACUAACGACUGUGUGAUGACCACAACAACAUUCAAUUUACUUAUGAAGCUUUUUUUAAAACUACUUCAUCACUUUUACGGCAUUGUUCUAAAAAGUAAUAAGACUUAUUACUUUUGCAGAUCAAUUUUUUUCUUAUAAAUAUGAACUCGUAUCUAGAUUUCCAAAGAAUUCUCUAGCUAUAAUUUGUUUAUUGAUUGUGAUCUGCUCCAACUCGCUGGAAUUAAGCCAAGACAUGCUGUUAUUGCUAUUUUCAUGUACCGAAAUGUUUACAUAAUUCUCUAUAUACUACAAUUACAUCAACUUUCUUCAAUGUCAAUGGUUGUUGUGAUCAACGCAAGUACAACGAAUUGGAUAAUACGAUAAAAUAAUUUGAUACAACUAAAACCAUUUGGUAUUGAAAUGACGAACCUGCUACAUCACAUCACAUCGCUUGAUCAUUAUUUAUUGAAAUUGUCAAUUAAAAAUUACUAAAUAAUCUGUCAAACAAGUAUCGACUGCUUCGCAUUUAAUUAGAAUAACUUGUACAAAUGACAGAAACAUUUCCGUUGUGGUAGUGUAGUGUAUCGUAGCCGGUAAACUAGAACGUUUUAUUUUCUUUGUGGACCAACAUGCUAUGGAGUUAAGUUUGAAUGUACCUAAAUACUUAUUUUUAUACCGUUAUUGCUUUUUCAACUCUUAUUACGCUUAGAAUUAAGAUCUCUUUAUAAUGUUAUAAACAGGAAUGAAAGUUGGUAAUGUCUUGGAAUGUUCUAGAUGGUUUAUUUCGACAAUGUUUAGAUGCCAAACUGAGUUUUUACAGAUACGGACUUGCUCCACUGGGUGCACUGAGCGAGCAAUGUCUGUGACAGUGGAAGCAGAAUGCCAGUACCUACCACGUCGUCAACUUGUUAUAAAUAAUGUAAUUGUAGUCUAAGAACAAACAUAGCUUUUAGUUAACAUUUUUGGAAAAUCAUAGAGGUUUUAAUAAAACAUCCUGCCGAAAUCGA